CAGGGAUGCGGGCCCGCAGCGAAAUAACAAAAAUGGAAAAAAAAAACUCGCCCCUCUCGCGGUAUCGCCUUCGCCACUCCGCCUCUCGGCUCGGCUCUCGCGUGAAAUUCCACUUUCCCCAUCCGCGUCCGCUGCCCCCGGGCCCUCCGCGCUAGCUACCGCUCCCUCCGCCGCCGCCCCCGCCCUAUUCCCCACCGCUGCCGGCGCGCGCGUGCUCGACUGAUUCCGCGCCCCCACCCCGCAGCGGAUUUCACCUCCCGUCGCGGAUCUGGUCCGUGGCAGCGGGGGAACAAGGCGAAGAACCCGACCGCGGUUACGACGGCGUAGGGGGCCAUCAACGACGACCUAGCUGGGGACGACGUCCGUCGGCGCAGCUCAGCCACGCCCGACCCCUUAAGCGCGACGGCAACAGCAAGGGCGGCACUGGCGGCUAUGCACAAGGUAUUCGGUUCGGCUCCAAGAUCACAAGACUGGAGUAACAAAGUUGUGCUUCGCGCUGCGCUGCGCUGCUUCUAGCGAAUGGAAGCGGCUGCUCUUGCUCGUAGAACUAGAGCAUGGAGGAACUACGGUGUCUAUCUACAGUCGCUGAAUCUGAUGACGCUCCAGCAGAACAGGAGUGCGACCACUUCUCCCUGAGGGGUUAUGUUGCUAUGCUUCAGAAGAAGGAUCCAAAACUUUGCUCUCAUAUUUUCCAUAACCAGCCACAAUAUGAUGAGCACCAUGAUUCGUCCCCAGUUUUGGUGUCAAAGUAUCAUCGAUGGGAUUGCUCAAGAUGUCUUGAUAGUGUGGAAGUUUCAGGCCAUAGGCCAACAUCGGAAAAUGUUUCUAUGCAGCAGAAUGGAAUGAAUGAUGGCUGCUCUAUUUCAAUUGUUCGGAUUUUGCCUAAUAGUGUUGAUUCCAGAAGACUGUUUUCUUGCACACAGCAAUCAUCUCAAGGGAAUGAUCGAUUGACCCUUUCAAAGACUGCCCAAGAAUGCAAUUCAAAAUGCAGUUCUCCUGGCAACAAAGCAAUUACUGCGAUGAAUGUUCCAGUAGCUGAAGAAAAUGUUCCAGAGGCACUCGUUGAUACGAGGGUUCCAUCUAUAGAAGUUUUACAGGCCUCUCCCAAUAGUAUUGAUUUGUCAGCAAACAUCUUGAAUGCUGUCUCGAAGAAUGUCCGCGAUUUACCUGAUGAUGUUGAAGAAAAUGGCACACAGAAUCCACACAGUCUAAAACCUUGUGUGGCGCCAAAUGAAGAUGAGAAUAACAUAGCUAAUGAUGACCUCAAUGAGCCUAAUGUUUGUAAACCAGUAUCUGGGCACAAAAGCAAACAAGUCUGCAACAUGGGUCCACGCCGAGCAUCGUCAAAAAGAAAUGUUGAAUCUGAUGGUAAGAGGAAAAGGAAUAAAUCUACUAAACUGCCUGGUAUUUCAGAUCUCAAAUUUUGUCAGAGAAAGCCAAAAAAAGACAAGGCUGUUAUCAGAACUCAUAGGUUCUGAACAGGUAGGGGUUUCUGCAGAUGCCGUUCAAGUGGACCAUACUAACAGUGUUGAUCUCUGUGAGGGUGGUAAAAGAAAAAUGCACCUUGAGGUUGGAAAAGGUAAUGACACUACUAAUCAGCAAGUGGACGAAAUCCAGUCAAGAGCUGUCAAGAACAAGGCAAAAUACACAGGAGUAGACAAGUUAGAAGAUGGAUCCUCUCUAAUGAACUGGCUGAAAAGCACUAAUAAGAAAGUUAGAACAAAGAAAAAAGACUCAGAACACAAGAAUCUUGAUUCCUCUUCUAUUUCAAGGUCUUACCCAGAUAUAGUUGCUUCUAAUGAUAUGCAUCAUGAUUUUCUACCCUCAGUUGGGGAUGUGGGCCAGGCAAAUGUACCAUCUACUACCAGUGCCAAGCAUGGGAAUGGAAAUGCACAGAAUGACAAACUGGAGCAAAAUAUGCAGAAGAUGGAUGGCCUGUGUGAAAAUGAAUCUAGAAACUUGAAACAGAGGUUCUUCUCAAAUGAAAAAUCAACGAUUUUGCUAAAGAGAAAGCUACUGUCCACUUCGGUUGUCCAUGAUGAGAACAUUGAGAACAGUAAUAUAAAGAGAGAUAUGCUCAGGUCAGAUGAUUUGCCUCAAAUGGAACCUGAAGGCUCUGUACAGAGAUGUUUGGCAAAGGUUUCUCUUGGUAAACAAAAGAUCCAGAAUGUGUCUGGCCUCCACAAGAAGAAUAUACCAAAGAAUAAGAAAGGAAAGCAGAAGGUGCACAAGAAACAGAAUGUGAUAGACGACUUCCCCAUGGACAUUGUUGAACUUCUCGCCAGAAAUCAGCAUGAGAGACAGUUGAUGACUGACACCAAUUCUUUGGAAAACUGUCAUACUCAACCCAAGGUAGCUCAAGUUGAUUGUGCUGCAUUUGCAGCCAAGGGUUGUCCCACCAAUGCAUCAAAUGAGUUCAACACUAAUUUCCAAAAAUCUUUGGCAUCGGAAAGUAAGCAGAAGUCCUUACAGGAUCAAGCAUCACCCAGUACAGAGGCUGCCAAUGUGAAUCCGCAGGAUUUACAUACUCAGAAGUCAUCACAGUGUCAUGCAGCAUCCAGCACCAGCACCGAGGUUCCAAAUGGUCAGCCUCCAGAAUCACAAAUGCAAAAUUCGCUUCAGGUUCAUGUGUUACCCAUCAAACGGUCUUUCAUUGUGUACCCUUCAAAAUUACCUGUCCUUGAUGACAUUUUGGAGUGUACCCAAGAACAACAGACACAAUUCCACAGGGAUGGAGGGGUCACCAUUGCAUGUACCUCACCUAUGUUUUCACAUCAUCAACAUAUUGCUGAAGUGCCUGCUCGGAGCUGGAGGAAUAACGGGGAAAAGAAGUUAAUGUGGGAUUCUUUCAAGACAGCUUCAAGAAAUUCACCAACAUCGUCAUAUGGUUUUCAAUUCGGAAACAGGCUUCAAGAAGUUCAUUCAUCUCCCAGUCAUGCUUAUGGAGCUUCUAGUAACUAUGCAGCUCACCAGCCAGUAAUUGUGGCUGUAGAUCAGCCGAGAAGUGUUCCAAGCACAACAUCGACUAUGGAGGCUGGUAGGUUGUAUGAUCGAAGGAUUCCUGGACAGUCAGGCCUCUACCCAAAAGAGCCUAUGCCUGCAACACAUCUUCUGAGAUUGAUGGACUCAUCAACAGCUCCAGACUUCACAAACUAUCAAAGAGCUAACAGGCGCCAGAUGGAACAUCAAACACAAACUCUGGAUUCACAAUAUACACAGCAUGAUCAGUAUAAUGGGUCACUGAGCACAUCAUAUGGAAGACACAUAACUGGAAAGGUUCCACCGACACUGCAAGACUUAUCUCGGCGUCAGGUCCAGCAAAACCUGCACAGGCCUUUACGCCCUCAUCCUCGGGUGGGCGUGCUUGGUUCGUUGCUGCAGCAGGAUAUCGCAAACUGGUAUGAAAACUGCGGGCCGCCACAGUCUGGAUACAGGCUGGGCGUUUCUAAAGGGACGGCAUCGCUUGAUAUGAACAGACAUGGAAACUACGAGACCUUGAACUCAGGAGUGUUCACAGCAGGAUGGAAUGCCCUUCAAUUGGGUUCUGUUAGCUCUCUUGCCGAUCCAGAGUACCGGUUGCCAAGGUAUGGUACAGGUCAGCCUUGUACAGGUGGCAAUGGGAGAACGGUUCACCCGUUGGAUAAGCUUGUGCGAAAGGAUAUCUGUGUGACUAACAGAAACCCAGCUGAUUUUACUGUAAUUAGUGACAUGAAUGAGUAUAUGAGAAGCCUUUGAGUGUGAGGCAGGGAGGAGCGUUGUAGUUGAAUACGUUUAGAUCGAUAAAUUUCACCUUAUCAGUGCCAAGCAAUCAUCAUUGAUAUAGAGGAAGGCUUUGUCGAAUCUUCUGCAAGGCUCUUUGUAAGACAUUGAUGGAUGUUCUGUUUCCUGGAGGCAGAGCAACAGCUACCAUAGAGCCAGGUGCAGCCUCCAGUUCAUUGUCUGCAAAUGUUUUAUACAUAGGCGAAGAACUGAUGUCGGGUUGCCAUGGAAAACCCUAAUAAACUUAUAUUUUGUAGAUAAGCAAAUGUACAAGGGAAGCAUGUGAGUUUUUUUUUUGGGUACUCCUGUCCCAGAAUAAACUGCAUUCUGCAGUUCAAAAUUUGCCCCAAAGGAAUGGCCCAUAUAGGUUUGAGAUCUAAUGCACUCUAGUCUAGCAGGUGUACCAGCUUACUGUACCAACAAAAACAAUUCUGACUUGUCAGAAAAAAAAUCCCUCCGUCCGGAGUAUGUACCAAAGGGGGUAAGCUAUGUCAUGUGGUUGAGCAAUGUUGGUCAACUCGUUCUGGCUCCGAGUGUUGUAUAGCAUCAGACUGCCCUGAUGAACAGCCUAUUAAAAGACUGCACUGAUGAUUCUUCUUUGUUGUAUCGUGAUCUAAGUCUGAAAACGCAGCUGGAUUUCAGAAGUCAUGGAGUCCGAACUGUCAGGAGCCGCUCACGCGGUCCAGUAGGACAUCAUGGAUGUAGUGUUAAUGUGAUCCCACAACACAAGCUCCAGAUCCAGGUUCAGUCAGUCUGUCUCUAACAGGAGACUAUACACUUCUCUAUUCUAAGUAUAGAGAAAAUUUCAUUUUAUCGA